AUGAUUAUUCGAGUCCAAGGAAGAGACAGAACCAUGCGAAUUGAGGUGGAGCAGGCCACAACAAUUGCACAAAUAAUGGAAGAAGUAAGCAAAAGAGUAAAUGCCCCGUGUGUGAACAUUUUGCAUAAUGGAAAGAAUAUAGAAGGAAGUGUGGGGGAUAACAAUCUAGAGAAUGGAGAAAUGCUUACUGCUGAGUAUGAGAUAGUCAAGCCAGAAGAAGAAGCUCCUUUGCCUGCACAAGCACAAACGCCCAGCGAGCCUUCACAAACACAAAAAUCUAGCGAGUGCUCGCAUGGCCCCUCUGGAAUGUGCAGUAAUUGCAUGAGCGAGGAUUCCUGGGUAUCUGAGCAGUUUAAGGAGCGGCGAUUUAUUUCGCAGGGGGCAUACGAAGAGUACCUUGCAUCGAAAGAGAAGGUUCUUCUAAUUGAAACGCACCUGCCACCUGCCUGUCGAACUCAUCGGCCAGAGCACCGGUGCAAUAAGUGCAUGCCCAAAGAAAUAUCUUUGGGUCAGCAGCCAUUCCGGCCAAUAGAUCACAUUGAAGUACACGACAGAGCUAUUAUUGAGCAGAUUCUUAUUGAGCAAAAGGAAAAAAACACACAGUCUGUGCAUCUGUUAAUAGGAAGAUAUUCAGAGUACCCAGAUGUACCUAAGGGCCGGAAGGCUGAGGUUUUUGCAAGAAUCACUCCUACUCAAAAGGGCCUUCUAGAUGGAUUUAUUAUUGAUCCAAAUGAUAAAAUACUUUUAGGAACGGAUGAAUCAUUAAAUAGAGUGCUAAAUUUACUGCAGAUGGAGAUAGUUGGGAUGGUUUAUACAAGGAUCACAAAAGAGCCAAUGCCAUACAUUAGCGCGUUGGAGAUAGAUUUUAUUGCGAAUAUGCAAAACAGGUUUGCAGAGUGGGCUGCUCAGGAAAGAAAGGGGUCUAAAUUUGUGACUUUAAUACUUAGCGGCACGCCCACAUCAUCAGAAAUUGUUGAGUGCAUGGUCACUCAUCUGGGCAUGGAGUUGUCCCUAGAUGGAGUUCUACAUGCGUCGGUUAAUCGGCAAGAAAUGUCUGCCAAGUCCGUAGAUAUGAUAUGGAGGGACAAAGAAGGGUCACACACUGGAAGUAGAAUACCUGUUGAGUAUUUGGCGGUGCGGCCAACACACGGUCUUACGCAGAACAAAAGUGUUUUCUACAUAAAGACAGAGAAAACGCCGUUUAAGCGAGGUAUGGGAGUAAGCAAGCUGAAAAAACACUUUCAACGACGGUUGUCUGAUGACUCUGUAUGCUUAAUUAGCCUAGCUGCUGUUUCAGACAUAGAAGUGCUCUUAGAGCUGGCAGAUAUGAACAUUCUUUCUGAUGAGCUUAUAGAGUGUGUGGUAAACAAGGACACAGAGCGGUUUAAAGACUGUGUUCUAAAUGGAAGACUAGAAGAGCUUGUAGAUAUUGCAAAGGAGUGCAAAGAAAGCAGUUCCUGGACGUGCAAUGUAUGUACACUAGUGAAUGCACCUACUCGAACACUCUGCGAUGCCUGUGGGUUUGAGAAGGGGGCCUACUAAUGACUGUUGUACCAUUCAGCGAUAAAAAUAGAAGAUACUGUGUAGGCAGAAAGUAAUAAAAGUUAAAUAAA